AUGGUGUCCCAGGCCCCAUCAGAGAUCCUAGACGGCAUAGCCGCGGCGCGCAUCGCAUUCGAAAAGAACGAGGCGGGGUCAAGAGAGGCUUUGAUUGAUUAUAGUCGCGCACUUAUCUCAUCCCUCGAGAUCCCUAGCGAGUUUGUGCAGCGAACCUUCUGGGCUGAGCCUGCCCAAUCCGCGAUUAUCCGCAUCGCCGUCGAUGUAAAACUUUUUCAACACCUGAAGGAAGCUGGUGAACAUGGAUUGAGCCCCUCGGCUCUUUCCGAAAAAACCGGAAUCAAUGUCAACCUCCUCGAACGAUUGAUCAGGCAUCUGGUCGCCAUGAACCUUAUCACCUUCCACAAUGGCGUCUUCCUCGCGUCCAAAUUGAGCAACGACCUCGCAGAAGAGAAAUAUCAACACAGUAUAUCAUUCUGCUACGAUGCGUCUCGCCCUGCUUUUAACGGCUUCCCCGAACACUUCAAGAAGAAUGGAUACAAACCCCCGACUCUAAGCGGGCUCGAUGGUCCCUUCCAAUCAGCACAUAAGACAGACAAGGCAUUUUUUGACUGGCUCGUUGCGACGCCUCCUCACCUCGACUAUUUCAGUUCUUUCAUGGCCUCUUAUCGUGCUGGAAAGCCAGACUGGUUCGACUUCUACCCGGUUCAAGAACGUCUGAUUGAAGGGUUCGAUGCCUCCGCCAACGAGGCACUCUUGGUUGAUGUCGGUGGUGGCCGAGGUCAUGACGUUACUACUUUUGCUGCGCGCUACGAAUCACGCCCGGGCAAGAUCGUUCUCCAAGAUCGCGAGCAAGUCAUUGCAACUGUCAAAGUGGAAGGCACCGAACUCCCCUUUGAAGUGCAGGCCCAUGACUUUUUCACCCCUCAGCCCAUUAAGGCGGCUCGCGCCUACUCGCUUCACUCUAUUCUGCAUGACUGGGGUGAUGAGGAGAGUGUGAAGAUUAUUGAGAACCUCGUCCCUGCAUUGAAGAAGGGUUACUCGCGAGUUCUGUUCAACGAAAUUGUUGUUAGCGAAGAGAAGCCCACACUGGCUGCGACAAACAUGGAUAUGAUGAUGCUGGCUCACCUGAACGUCCGUGAAAGGUCCGAGGCUGAAUGGACAAGCUUACUUGCCAAGGGUGGAUUAAAGGUUAUUAAGGUUCACACAUACCCUGGCGUUGCAGAAAGUGUGAUCGAGGCGGAGCUGGCUUGA